GUAGGUGGGAGACAGGAGAUUAAAGAACUGGAAGGGGGAGUGUUAUAAGGUGGAGACUGGAGAUUCUAGAUUGUAAACUCGUCCUCUAGACUGUAAGAUCCUUGUGGGCAGGGAAUGUGUCUGAUAUACUGUUGUCUUCUCCCAGUACAGUGACCUGUACAUGACUACCAGGAAGUCUUCACAUCUUAACUCCUGGGAUAUGAACGGCCUGUGAGGAUACAGUUGGAAGAGCCAAAGCCGAGGGUUUUUUUUUAAAGGAAUCUUGCUCUCCUUGGGAACGGAAUCGGAUUCUGAGAAAAAUGUUUGCGGUACAUCUGCUGGCCUUCUAUUUCACCAAACUGAAAGAGGAUCAGGUCAAGAAGGUGGACAGAUUCCUCUAUCACAUGCGCCUCUCGAAUGACUCCCUGUUGGACGUCAUGGGUCGUUUCCAGGCCGAGAUGGAGAAGGGGCUGGGGAAGGACACCAACCCCACAGCCGCGGUGAAAAUGCUGCCCACCUUCGUGAGGGCGAUUCCCGACGGCUCAGAGAAGGGGGAGUUUCUGGCUCUGGAUCUCGGUGGCUCCAAGUUCCGCGUCCUGAAGGUGAAAGUGUCCGAAGAGGGGAAGCAGGCCGUCCAGAUGGAGAGCCAGUGCUACCCAACGCCCGAAGAGAUCGUUCAAGGGAACGGGCCGGAGCUGUUCGAAUACGUGGCCGACUGUUUGGUGGACUUCGUGAAGGCCGAAGACAUGCAGCACAAGAAAAUCCCUCUUGGCUUUACAUUUUCCUUUCCGUGCAACCAGACUAAAUUGGAGGAGGGUGUCUUGCUUUCGUGGACAAAGAAGUUUAAGGUGAGAGGAGUUCAGGGAACCGACGUCGUGAGCUCUCUCACCACCGCCCUGAAAAAGCACAAGGACAUUGACGUGGAUAUUUUGGCCUUGGUCAAUGACACCGUGGGGACGAUGAUGACCUGCGCGUACGACGAUCCCCGCUGUGAAGUCGGAGUCAUCGUUGGUACCGGCACCAACGCCUGCUACAUGGAAGACAUGAGCAACAUCGACCUGGUGGAAGGGGACGAGGGCCGGAUGUGCAUCAACACGGAGUGGGGGGCCUUCGGAGACGACGGCUCCUUGGAGGACAUCAGGACGGACUUCGACAGGGAGCUGGACCUGGGCUCCAUCAAUCCGGGGAAACAACUGUUUGAGAAGAUGAUUAGCGGAUUGUACCUCGGCGAGCUAGUUAGGCUCAUCCUUCUGAAAAUGGCCAAAGAGGGUCUCCUGUUCGAUGGCCGGACGUCGACUGCUCUCCUCACUAAGGGCAAGAUCGAGACCCAGCACGUAGCCGCUAUGGAAAAGCACAAGGAAGGGCUCAGCAACACCAAGGAGAUCCUGAGAGAGCUGGGGCUGGAGCCCACCGAGGCCGACUGCGUGGCCGUCCAGCACGUGUGCACCGUCGUCUCCUUCCGCUCGGCCAACCUGCUGGCCGCCGCGCUGGCGGCCAUCCUGACGCGGCUCAAGGAGAACAAGAAGGUGGCGCGGAUGAAAACCACCGUGGGCAUGGAUGGCACCCUCUACAAGACUCACCCUCAGUUCCCCAAACGGCUGCACAAGGUGGUGAGGGGCCUGGCGCCGAACUGCGACGUCCGGUUCCUCCUGUCGGAGAGCGGCAGCGCGAAGGGGGCGGCCAUGGUGACCGCCGUGGCCUCGCGGGUGCGGGCCCAGAGGAAGCAGAUCGACCAGGUGCUGGCCCCGUUCAAGCUGAGCCAGGGGCAGCUGGGGAGCGUCAGGAACAAGAUGAGGGCCGAGAUGGAGUACGGCCUGAAGAAGGACACCCAGCCCCGGGCCACGGUCAAGAUGCUGCCCACUUACGUCCGUGGUUUGCCCGACGGCACGGAAAAAGGCAAAUACCUUGCUCUGGAUCUUGGGGGUACCAACUUCCGAGUCCUCCUGGUGAAGAUCAGAAGCGGGAGGAAAUCGGUCCGGAUGUUCAACAAGAUCUUUGCCGUCCCCCUGGAGAUCAUGCAGGGGACUGGGGAGGAGGGAAUACUCAUCGGAUGGACUAAAGGUUUCAAGGCAACAGACUGCGAAGGGGAAGAUGUGGUGGAUAUGCUCAGAGAUGCCAUUAAGAGGAGAAAUGAGUUUGACCUGGAUAUUGUGGCUGUGGUCAAUGACACGGUGGGGACGAUGAUGACGUGUGCCUACGAAGAUCCCAACUGUGAAAUCGGGCUCAUUGCCGGAACGGGUAGCAACGUGUGCUACAUGGAAGAGAUGCGCAACAUUGAGCUGGUGGAAGGGAACACGGGGAUGAUGUGCAUCAACACCGAGUGGGGAGCGUUCGGGGACAACGGCUGUUUGGACGAAAUCCGGACCCAGUACGACAGAGAGGUGGAUGAGGGGUCCCUCAACCCCGGAAAACAGAGGUACGAGAAAAUGACCAGCGGGAUGUACCUUGGGGAAAUCGUCAGACAGAUUCUGAUCGACCUGACCAAGAGAGGCCUUCUGUUCCGAGGACAGAUUUCCGAACGACUGAGGACGAGAGGCAUAUUCGAAACCAAGUUCCUCUCCCAGAUCGAGAGCGACCGCCUGGCCCUGCUCCAGGUGAGGCGGGUCCUGCAGCAGCUGGGCCUGGACUCCACGUGCGAGGACAGCAUCGUGGUCAAGGAAGUGUGCGGCGCCGUGUCCCGGCGCGCGGCCCAGCUGUGCGGGGCGGGCCUGGCGGCCGUGGCGGACAAGAGGAGGGAGGACAGGAAACUCAAGCAUCUGAAGAUCACCGUCGGGGUGGACGGGACGCUCUACAAGCUGCACCCCCACUUUUCCCAGAUCCUACAGGAAACAGUAAAAGAGCUGGCUCCUCAGUGCGACGUGACUUUCUUGCUGUCGGAAGAUGGGAGUGGGAAGGGGGCCGCCCUCAUCACUGCCGUGGCCCAAAGAAUGCAGCAGGAAAUGGAAAACUAAGAAGCAGGGAGACCGCUUGGAAUUGGCCACGGUGUGCGUGGUUGAGAAUUCCUGAACCCCCUCCCCAUUUUCCCCUGGAAAAUAAUUCGGCAAGUUGCAUAGCUAUGAGUCAGGAGGAUGCAUUGGCAAAUUGUUCCCUCUGUUCAGCUGGGAGGAGGAAGGGUAUCUCAUUCCCUGUGCCCGGGAAUGAGCUCUCUGGCCUGGCAGAGAUUCAUUCAUUCAUUCAUUCAAGAUCAUCAAUCGUAUUUAUU